AUGGCCGACCAACUACCUCAAAGUUCUGACUCGACUCCUCAACCUCAACUUCCUGCCGCCAUUACUCCCAUCUCUCUACCAACUCCUCACGCUGGCCCCUCGCCUGUCCCUCUGCUCCGUCCCGCCAUCCCCGGCGCUAGGAGUGGCGGGGCUCGUACACCGAGACUCGGCCUUGCUAUUCCUCCAUCUCCCAAUGCCAAACCCGUUGGCAGCCAAGGCGCACCGGUUGCCGCGCCUUCAAGGCCUCCUCUGCCGACUCUACACCUAAAGACUCCCAUGGGAAGCAACGUUACUCCCCAUGAGCAACUCCCUCGAUCACAAUGCGUUACCCAACCAUCGGCAAGCGGCGGCAGCGAGAGCAGCGCUGCUCAUUCAAGGUCUGGUAGUUUUGGUCCUUUGGAUGGUAGGGCAAGCAAUCCUACUUCGGCCGGCUCUCAGUACUCGGCCCUUUCAUUCGCUUCUCAGUAUGGUAUUGGUGUGUCAAGACCCCAGGGAACUCCAGACCCGGUGUCGGCUGUUGGAUCCAUGUAUUCUGAGAGGAGUGAGGGUGGUGUUUCUAUGGAGCGCGAUGGUAGCCUGCAAGGACUUGAGGCUUUUGAUAAGCUGAGCCUGGAGAAGGCUAGAACUCUUGAUGUCGACGAGUUGGAUGAGGAGGGUUGGAGAAUCGCCAGUAUGGAAAACAGAAUCGUGGAGCUGGGUAACCUGGGUGAAGGUGCAGGCGGUGCUGUCACAAGAUGCAAGCUCAAGGGCGGUAACACGGUGUUUGCUUUGAAGGUCAUCACCACGAAUCCCGAUCCCGAUGUGAAGAAGCAGAUUCUUCGAGAACUUGGUUUCAACAAGGAAUGCGCCUCGGACCACAUUUGUCGAUACUACGGCGCUUUUGUCGACCCCGCCACGGCUACCAUCUCCAUUGCUAUGGAGUUCUGCGAAGGAGGCUCACUCGACAGCAUCUACAAGGAAGUCAAGCGUCUUGGUGGCCGUACUGGAGAAAAGGUCCUGGGAAAGAUUGCCGAGGGCGUCCUGGGAGGACUCACUUAUUUGCACACGCGACGAAUCAUUCACCGAGACAUCAAGCCAUCCAACAUUCUUCUCUGCCGAGAUGGCGCUGUCAAGCUUUGCGACUUUGGCGUCUCUGGCGAUUUCGGUACCAAGGGUGAGGCCAACACCUUUAUCGGUACUAGCUACUACAUGGCCCCUGAACGAAUCACUGGCCAGUCAUACACCAUCACUUCGGAUGUGUGGUCAACAGGAGUUACCCUCCUCGAGGUUGCACAGCAUCGAUUCCCCUUCCCAGCUGACGGCACCGAGAUGCAGCCACGAGCUGGUCUCAUCGACCUUCUUACCUACAUUGUCAGGCAACCUGUGCCCAAGCUCAAGGAUGAGCCUGACAUGGAUGUUUACUGGAGUGACAACUUUAAGUACUUUAUUGAGUGCUGUCUCGAGAAGCAGCCCAACCGCCGAGCAAGCCCCUGGAAGAUGAUGGAGCACCCAUGGAUGGUCGAGAUGCGCUCAAAGCGUGUCAACAUGGUGAAAUACCUGUCGUUUGUAUGGGGCUGGGAUGACCAGCCCAAGGCGUAGGCAACUCGCAACUCGCAAGUGCCAAGGUCUUGGUAACGUAGGAAAAUUGGAACAACGAGCCGUGCCCGUGUCACAAGCGCGAGGUGGGCGACAUUUGACUCGACGGCAUCUCCCGUCUUAUGCCCAUGACGACAUGAACAAGGCUGGGCCUGUGUCAUGAGGCUCUUAUACGAGAUGCAUUCCUUGGGGACGCGCCGUGGACACGACUAGGAUGUUGAUGAUUAACCAGUCAACCACAAGACGGCGCACAUUGGGAAGCCGAUUCGCGGAAGGAUAGGAUAGGAUGGUGUUCAUGAUGAUGAUGGCAGGAGGCAUUUACGUCACUAUACGUACGGUCAGGAUCUGGCUGAAUAAGAACGAAAGAUUGUGUGUUGGAAACCGGCAAAACCUGACAAGGACGGGGAAUCUCCCAUCUCGCGCUUAUGCGCGUAGCCUUUCUAUGUACUAUCCCACAAUAUAUGGGUAUCAUAUUCUUGGAUACAUGUAUUUUUUUGCCUCCUUAAAUGGCGCCCACAUUGACUGUAUACUCCCUUCUAUGCUUCUGUGGUUGUCUCCUCUGGGGGGUCUCCCAUGAGCUCUCGUAACGCGAUAGUCGCAUAAGCACUGCGUCCCAGCUGGAACUUGACAACUGCGGCAAGUUUCAUGGGUUGCUGAGCAGCGGGAGCCUUUUCAGCAGUAUCCUCAGCGGCAGGGGCACUUUCUCCUUGACUCUCUUCCGUACCCUUCAUCUCAACGUCCAUAGAUGCUGAUGCCUCGCCCUCAACCUUGGUCUUCUUGGCGGUCGACUCAGAAUCGGCAUCCUCACGAGAGCGCUUCUUGUUGGCACCCUUGGCAGCCUUGAUAACGUCCACAUCGGUGGGGUGCAUCUGCUCCGUAUCGUCCGAGUAGGCGCGCACCUCGACCGAAGGCGUUCCGAGGAAGCGGUUCAUGAUCUUGCGGUACCGGCCGGGAAGACUGAACUCGCGGCGCAUGCGGCGCAUCUUGUGAGGGUCUAGGCCGCCGUUCUCGGGGCGGCCCAUGAACUCCU